GAUUUCCUUAUUGCACCACAGACUAUGUUACCAUUAUUCUUCGAAAGUUGCAAUGAUCUGGUUAGCAAAUGGGAAGGAAUGUUGUCUUCAGAGGGAUCAUGUGAAAUAGAUGCAUGGCCUUUCCUUCAGAAUCUGGCUAGUGAUGUUAUCGCUCGCUCAGCAUUUGGAAGUAGCUUUGAAGAAGGAAGAAGAAUAUUUCAACUUCAAAGAGAGCAAGCUAAACUUGCAAUACAACUUAUAUUCAAAAUUCAAAUCCCUGGAUGGAGGUUUUUGCCUACUAAAAGCCAUAGGAGAAUGAAGGAAAUUGACAGAGAUAUAAAAGCUUCGCUCAAGGAUAUGAUUUACAAGAGGGAGAAAGCUCUAAAGGCGGGUGAAGCCAGUAAUAAUGACCUGUUAGGUAUACUUUUGGAGUCCAAUCACAAGGAAAUUCAAGAACAAGGAGAUGGAGAUAAUAAGAAUGUUGGAAUGAGUCUUGAAGACGUAAUCCAGGAAUGCAAGCUAUUUUACUUUGCAGGGCAAGAAACAACUUCAGUUCUGCUGGUUUGGACAAUGGUGUUAUUGAGUAGAUACCCUAAUUGGCAAGAACGUGCAAGGGAGGAAGUCUUGCAAGUCUUUGGCAAUGAAAAACCAGGUUUUGAUGGUUUAAAUCGCCUAAAGAUUGUCACUAUGAUUUUGAAUGAGGUUCUUAGAUUAUACCCACCGGUGCUUGGGUUGACUCGAUUUGUUAAAAAAGAUAUGAAACUUGGAAACAUAACAUUGCCUGCUGGAGUGCAGGUUUUACUUCCUACAAUUUUGGUUCAUCAUGGAUGUGAAUUCUGGGGUGAAGAUGCUAUGCAGUUCAAUCCUGAGAGAUUUUCUGAAGGAGUUCUAAAGGCAACAAAUGGUAGAGUUUCAUUUUUCCCAUUUGGAUGGGGUCCUAGAAUAUGCAUUGGACAAAACUUCUCCUUGUUGGAAGCAAAGAUGGCUUUGUCAAUGAUUUUACAACAUUUCUCAUUUGAACUUUCUCCAGCAUAUGCUCAUGCUCCAGCUAUGUUAGUCACUCUUCAUCCACAGUAUGGUGCUCAUAUCAUUCUCCAUAAAGCGAAAUCUUAAAAAUAUAUCACAUUAAAAGCUAAUAGUGU